AUGAUUUCAUCAAGUAAAAACAAUUGGUUUGAUUAUAUUGAAUCAAAAACAACUAACUAUUCUUAUCUGAACAUUAUUCCGGAAGAAUUGAAAAUUUACAAAUUUCAAGAUCAUUUCUACAAUUUUUUAAAUAAAUUAAGAUCAUCCUUGAAUUCAAAGCGAAACUCUACAAAACUAACCACAAUUUCUGCGACAGAUCCGAAUGGAAGGAUAACUGACCUAGUUAAUUCAAAUAUUCCAGAAAUCCAACUGACUAGUGAUGAUCGACUGCAAAGUUUGAAAUAUUUAAAAGAUAAUGAAUUGUCUAAGUAUGAAGAUAUUAUCUAUACAAUCCAAAAUGAUUCAAUCCCUUUAAAUUCAUCUGACAAUAUGACUAAUAGAAUAUUACAUUAUUCAGUGGAAUAUGGAUAUACAGAUUUAGUUAAAUGGUUAUUAAAUAAUGGAGCAGAUCCAAAUUAUAUCACUGAAUUGGGAAAUCAACCUAUACACUCAGCAGUCUCAAGAAAACACGUACAAAUACUUCAAUUGUUAAUUGAUUUUGGUGCCAAAGUGGAUGCAAAAAACCGACUAGGUGCACAAGCUAUACAUCUAGCAUGUGAAGCGGACUUUAUAGAAGGAUUAGAACUUCUGCUUGAAAUUGCAGUAGAUGCCAAUACACCUGAUGAACAAGGUGCAACACCGGUUCAUUAUUGUUGUUUCAAUGAUAGUGCUGCAUGUUUACAAAUGUUGAUACAAGCUGGUGGGAAUAUAUACCAGGCGGAUGCUUUAGGAAAAUAUCCAAUUCAUGAAGCGAUUUCCCAAUCAAGUUUACAAUGCCUUAAAAUCCUUUUGGAUUAUAAUCAAUAUGAUAUGCAAGCACAUAAUGAGCCAACGACAACAAUAACAGAACCUUCUUGGCAGAUUAUUAAUUCUAUGAUUACUAACACAGAGAACCAUAAGUCUAUUUCAGUAUUCAGUCGUAAAUAUUCAACAAGUUCAGAUAAAUUUAAUUCAGGAUCUAAAGAUUUAACCAAUUCAUUUGAAUUCGGAAUGAGACAAGAAAAACUUAAUCAGAGGAUGAAGAAGCCGUUCAAGAAACAACAGUUGAUCCACUUACGUGAUGGUGAAGGUCUUGCACCGAUUCAUGCGGCAGCUAGUUCAGGAUCGAUUGAAUUGUUGAAUAUAUGCCUUCAACAUAACCCAGAUGUACUAGCUAAAGAUCAAAAUGGUCAAACAGUACUUCAUUAUGCUGCACUACGAGGUGAUCUAGAAUGUGUAAAGGCAAUCAUUAAAAACAUAUCACUUGAAAAACAAACCAAAUUAAUUCAAUGUUCCAAUGAAAAUCAAGAAACGUGUCUACAUUUAGCAGCUAAACACAAUUUUGUUGAUAUGGUAGAUUAUUUAAUAAGUUUGGGAUCAAAUAUUAAUCAACAAGAUAUAAAUGGUUAUACACCAAUAAUGUCAGCUGCUAUUAAAGGUUCAAUUAAUGUAAUUGAUUAUUUAUUAAAUAAAAACAUUAUAAUUAAACAUCAUGAUAUAAAACAAAGAAAUUUAUUUCAUUUAAUUGUUUUAAGUUGUUCAGAUGAAAUAUGUAAUUCAAUUGAAAUAAUAAAAAAUCUUAAAGAGUUACCUGAAUUAUUGAACGAUGUAGACAAUUAUGGAUAUACACCGUUACAUUAUGCAACUAAAUUAGGUCUUAUAGAAACUUGUCUAUUCUUUUUACGAUAUGGUGCAAAUGUAACAGUUGUCGGUGAGAAUAAAUGUACUCCACUUCAUUUGGCAGCUAAAUUUGGCCGUUUACGAAUAUCACAGGUUAUACUGAAUACAAUUGGCGGUAUGAGAACAUUAUCUAUGACUGAUAGUAAAGGUUGUCUACCUUUGCAUAUAGCAGCUUAUUAUGGACAAGAUAAAUUAUUGGAACUUUUUUUAAAAAAUGGUUGCUUAUUCCGAAGAUGCCAUGACGGAAAUACUGCUUUACAUUAUGCAGUAAUGCAAGAGAAUGUAGAAGCAUGUAGAAUUCUAUUAGAGAUUAAUCCUACUUUAUUAAAUCAAACAAACUAUGAUGGAAUGACUGCAUUACAUAUUGCUGCAAUAAGGAAUAACAGUCGUACAAUAGAAUAUUUACUAUCUAACGGUGCGGAGAUCAAACCAGAUCAUAAUGGAUUAUACUUCUCAAAUUAUGCAAUUACAAGACAAAAUGAGGCAGCUGUUAAAGAAAUAGUUCUACAUGAAAGAUGGCCCGAAAUAGUGGAGUUACUUAGCAACACAAUACACUGUCCAUUCAAAGAAUUAAUAGAGUAUUUACCUGAAAUUUGUUUGACAUUGUUUGAUUUCUCUAUAUUACAACCACCUUUAAAAAAUCGCAGCAGACAACCAACUGAACCACUACAACACUUAAAGAUUAUGAUUCUUCAUAAACGAGAUAAAUUACUUGCUCAUGCUUUAUGUGAGAUGUUUCUCAAAGUAAAAUGGAUGAUGUAUGGUAGAUGGAUUCAUUUAAUCAUAACUGUUUAUUACAUAAUAUUAAAUUCGGCAGUAACCUUUUCCUGUCUAAGACAAGUACCAUUAAUUAUGGACUAUAAUAAUAAUAAUCAAGUAGAUCACUGUGUUCAAAAUAGAGUGAAAUAUUUUAAACAUUGGAAUAACCACUUUGCUUUAAUAUUUCAAUCAUUACUUAUUAUAAAUUCAGUAAUAAGUUUAAUUGGUAAUAAUCAACUAUAUUCUGCUGUUCUAGCAAUAAUUGUCAUGUUUAUAGCUUGGAUGAAUCUACUUUUACAAAUGAUUCGGUCACAAGAUUUUGGAAUAUUUAUCAUCAUGUUUAUACAUGUGACAGCCACAGUUGCUAAAUUGUUACCUUUAUCUUUAUAUCUUCUUAUUGGAUUUGCAACAGUAUUUCAACAACUAAUUCAGUUACCAGAUGAAGAGGUUAAUUAUUUUAUAUAUACAUAUAUAAUCAGUAAAUACAUAGUUAUUAUGGUGUUCACUUCUUUAUCUGACAAUAAUAAAAUACAAUUCCGUAACUGUUUCAUUGAGUAUACAAGUUCACUAAACCAUUCAAUGAAUAAUAUAACAAAAAUAAAUAGAAAACAAUUCAAUAUGCUUAGUAAUAUUGGACUAACAUUUUUCGAUACAUUAAUGAUGAUGAUGGGUGAAUAUAAGCGUACAAAAAUUAUUAUUCAGUCAUAUUUAGAGGAUCAAGUAUCUGCAAUACCUUAUCCGAAAUUGACGUUCAUCUUUUAUAUAGCAUUUAUUAUUUUAAUACCAAUAACACUGAUCAGCUUGACGAUUGGUUUAGCAGUUGGUGAUAUUGACAAGGCUAGAAGAAGUGCGACACAAGAACUAAUUUAUCGACAAGUUUACUGGUUAGAUAGUUUAGAAGCGAAUCUCCCACGUUGGUUAUACGCUAAAAUUUGUGUUCAAAAAUGGUUAUUGAAACCAGCUAGACCAAAUGUACCAAGAUAUGAGCGUUCUAGACAAGAACUAAACAAAACUGUCGAACUUUUAAAUCAACGACUGAAUAUAAUCUACAAAAAAUUGGAAUGGUUCAAUUAUCAAUUGCACCAAAUCAUGCAAAAGCUAUCAAUACAAACAAUGGAAACACUAUUGGAUACUGGAAGUUACGAUGAUGUCAGUUAA